UCGAUGAAUGUGCGCACCAUGUGUGUCACCAUAACUCUACUUGUGUGGACGGUGUCAGCGGCUACAUGUGCACCUGUGCACCCGGCUACAUUGGCACGUACUGUCAGACAGAUAUCGAUGAAUGCUUGUCUGAGCCCUGCCUCCACGACGGCGUCUGUAUCAAUGGCAUGAAUACCUACAACUGUUCUUGUGUGGAAGGGUAUUUUGGAACAGUUUGCGAAGAAGAAUAUGAUACUACAACCUCGGGUCCAACAUCAACAUCCUCGUCUACAUCUACGGCAAGCAGCAUUCUGACAACCAACCCUUCCACUCCAACAUCUCCCGAUAAUACAUUAUCUUCAAGUACAUCCGAUGUCAAUCAAAAAACGGUUUCAAAAAGGAAUUUUUCUAACUAUUUGUUACUCAGCUACAAAAAUUUGAGUUCAUAUUUCCGGAAGCGUUCCACUGCACAUGACAGUAGGAUUUCGUCGAUUCUGAUUGGUUGUGGAGCCUUGCUUGUCACAUUGUGUGCAAUGGCCGUCGUGUGUGUACAUGACUGCAUGGUUUUUUUCUGGACUCCGAGGAGGAAGGUGGAAGCGUUCGAUAUGUUGCGUCGUCAUGGACUCGCGGAUCCGUCGUCGAGGUAUGCUGUUACCACUACGUCGGUGAUACAGGUCAGGGAGAAGUCCCACGGUGCAAUAGCUGCAGUUGAAGAGACAGUAACGUAGGAGGUGCUACACACAUUUAACGCCAAACCCAAAUGUACAUGUCAUGGCCGGUAAGUCUAACGCGACACCCAAAUGUACACAAAGUGAAUGGGAGGUCUAAAGCUAGAUCCAAGUGCACGUCAUGUAUCGUGACGAGGAGGUACGUCUAACGUUACAUCCAUGUGUAGAUGAUGUGACUGACAAAUAAAUCUAACGUUAGAUCCAUGUGUAGAUGAUGUGACUGACAAAUAAAUCUAACGUUAGAUCCAUAUGUAGAUGAUGUGACGACAAACAAAUUUAAAGUUAGGUCAAUAUGUAGAUGAUGUGACUGACAAGUAAAUCUAACGUUAGAUCUAUGUGUAGAUGAUAGACUGACAAGUAAAUCUAACGUUAGAUCUAUGUGUAGAUGAUGUGACUGACAAGCAAAUCUAACGUUAGAUCCAUGUGUAGAUGAUAGAAUUACAAGUAAAUCUAACGUUAGAUCUAUAUGUAGAUGAUGUGACUGACAAGUAAAUCUAACGUUAGAUCUAUAUGUAGAUGAUAGACUGACAAGUAAAUCUAACGUUAGAUCUAUGUGUAGAUGAUAGACUGACAAAUAAAUCUAACGUUAGAUCUAUGUGUAGAUGAUGUGACUGACAAGCAAAUCUAACGUUAGAUCCAUAUGUAGAUGAUAGAAUUACAAGUAAAUCUAACGUUAGAUCUAUAUGUAGAUGAUAGACUGACAAGUAAAUCUAACGUUAGGUCCAUGUGUAUUUGAUGUGACUGACAAGCAAAUCUAACGUUAGAUCCAUGUGUAGAUGAUGUUACUGGCAAGUAAAUCUAACGUUGGAUCCAUGUUCAGAUGAUAGACUGACAAAUAAAUCUAACGUUAGAUCCAUAUGUAGAUGAUGUGACGACAAACAAAUUUAACGUUAGAUCCAUGUGUAGAUGAUGUUGACCCUCAAAUAAAUCUAACGUUAGAUCCAUGUGUAUUUGAUGUGACUGACAAGUAAAUCUAACGUUAGAUCCAUAUGUAGAUGAUGUGACGACAAACAAAUCUAACGUUAGGUCCAUAUGUAGAUGAUGUGACUGACAAGUAAAUCUAACGUUAGAUCUAUGUGUAGAUGAUAGACUGACAAGUAAAUCUAACGUUAGAUCCAUUUGUAGAUGAUAGAAUUACAAGUAAAUCUAACCUUAGAUGCAUGUGUAGAUGAUGUUACUGGCAAGUAAAUCUAACGUUGGAUCCAUGUUCAGAUGAUAGACUGACAAGUAAAUCUAACGUUAGAUCUAUGUGUAGAUGAUGUGACUGACAAGCAAAUCUAACGUUAGAUCCAUGUGUAGAUGAUAGAAUUACAAGUAAAUCUAACGUUAGAUCUAUGUGUAGAUGAUGUGACUGACAAGCAAAUCUAACGUUAGAUCUAUAUGUAGAUGAUAGACUGACAAGUAAAUCUAACGUUAGAUCCAUUUGUAGAUGAUAGAAUUACAAGUAAGUCUAACGUUAGAUCUAUGUGUAGAUGAUGUGACUGACAAGCAAAUCUAACGUUAGAUCCAUGUGUAGAUGAUAGAAUUACAAGUAAAUCUAACGUUAGAUCUAUAUGUAGAUGAUAGACUGACAAGUAAAUCUAACGUUAGGUCCAUGUGUAUUUGAUGUGACUGACAAGCAAAUCUAACGUUAGAUCCAUGUGUAGAUGAUGUUACUGGCAAGUAAAUCUAACGUUGGAUCCAUGUUCAGAUGAUAGACUGACAAAUAAAUCUAACGUUAGAUCCAUAUGUAGAUGAUGUGACGACAAACAAAUUUAACGUUAGAUCCAUGUGUAGAUGAUGUUGACCCUCAAAUAAAUCUAACGUUAGAUCCAUGUGUAUUUGAUGUGACUGACAAGUAAAUCUAACGUUAGAUCCAUAUGUAGAUGAUGUGACGACAAACAAAUCUAACGUUAGGUCCAUAUGUAGAUGAUGUGACUGACAAGUAAAUCUAACGUUAGAUCUAUGUGUAGAUGAUAGACUGACAAGUAAAUCUAACGUUAGAUCCAUUUGUAGAUGAUAGAAUUACAAGUAAAUCUAACCUUAGAUGCAUGUGUAGAUGAUGUUACUGGCAAGUAAAUCUAACGUUGGAUCCAUGUUCAGAUGAUAGACUGACAAGUAAAUCUAACGUUAGAUCCAUGUUCAGAUGGUAGACUGACAACUAAAUCUAAGGUUAGAUCCAUGUUCAGAUGAUAGAAUUACAAUUAAAUCUAACGUUAGAUCCAUGUGUAUUUGAUGUGACUGACAAGUAAAUCUAACGUUACAUCCAUGUGUAUCUGAUGUGACUGACAAGUAAAUCUAACGUUACAUCCAUGUGUAUUUGAUGUAACUGACAAGUAAAUCUAACGUUAGAUCCAUGUGAAGAUGAUGUGACUGACAAUAAAAUCUAACGUUAGAUCCAUGUGUAUUUGAUGUAACUGACAAGUAAAUCUAACGUAAGAUCCAUGUGUAUUUGAUGUGACUGACAAGUAAAUCUAACGUUUGAUCCAUGUGUAUUUGAUGUGACUGACUUUACGUUAGAUCCAUGUGUAGAUGAUAGACUGACAAGUAAAUCUAACGUUACAUCCAUGUGUAUUUGAUGUGACUGACAAGUAAAUCUAACGUUUGAUCCAUGUGUAUUUGAUGUGACUGACAAGUAAAUCUAACGUUUGAUCCAUGUGUAUUUGAUGUGACUGACUUUACGUUAGAUCCAUGUGUAGAUGAUAGACUGACAAGUAAAUCUAACGUUACAUCCAUGUGUAUUUGAUGUGACUGACA